CACACUGUUUACAUGUCGGUCAGCUGACUUUCAUUUCACCUGACUGGAAUUAGCAGAAUGCCAUCGACGUUGGCUCACAUCGCAGCUGAUAUGUCUUAUUGUGCCAUUGGACGAUAAGUCUACGUCAGUGACUGUUUCGCGCUGCUGUGUGUGUCUUCCGCUUUUUUUUUUUACAAUUUCCUGCUAGUUAGCCUAGCAUUGGGGACACUUAGCAAGUGGCUAGCAGUUAGCAGCUGGUUGAGCUAGCUGCUCAAGUUGCUCUGCAGGGAAAACAAACUUUCAAAACCAACAGGUCCGCGGAGUUUGGGGGGGGGGGGAUGGACAAGAUUUCUAAAGAUGUGGGUGACAUCCAGUCCCGCCUGCUACACCACAGACCCAUCAUCAGCGCAGAGAUCCGCUACUUCGUGAGAGAGUUCGAGGAGAAACGCGGACACAGGGAGAGCAGACUGCUGGAGAAUCUCAGUAAGAUGGUGGUGGAAGCAAACGAGCAAAUUCUGCCCAAAAAUUUAGAGGCAAUGAACCAGGGUCUGAUGUCUAACCUCACCCAGCGAUUGGAGGCUGCUAAUCACAUGGCAAACAGAGUCCAGCAGAGGGAGCUAGAGGCACAGCAGAGCACCCAGCUGCAGAUGAACAUGGAGCGUUUGAAAGAAGAAUGGGCGGACUUUCUGAAGGAGCAGCAGAGAUUAAAGGAGGAGGUGGACGAGGAGCAUGCCAGGGCUGUGGGACAACUCAGCACCCACUACAGUGAGAAGAAGAUGGACCUCACCAAGUUCUCACCCCCCUAGUCAGUCGAUGUUUCGGGGGGCUCAAGUCAACAAACACACUUGAACAUGUGGACAUUGGCACCUGUUCUGCACAUUGCAAAAUGAAGGUAUCGGCUUUGAUUGAUGUUCUUGAAAAAUAGCUCUCCUUUUCUUUUGCACCUGCACAAGACUCAGCAUUUUCCAUAUCAUAAAUAUACGUGUGUUAAACAAUGUGGCAAUGUUGAGCCCGUUCUGUAUAUAGCACAUGGUACUUUCAUGGCACGCGAAUGCUGCAAAAUGUCUCCAAUAAGUGAUUUUUAAAACAAGCAAUCACUGAAGGCUGCGACACCUCGAGCAUUUCAAGAUUUUUAAUGGAUGCCUGCCUGUAGGGUGCUGAUGAUAAAUUUGCGUCAGCCUCAAGCUGAAAGGAGCCACAGCUACAAGCGCUGUAGAAAGGAGCUCAAACUGAACUGCAGAACAAACCAUCCCUCACCAGCUCUGCUGUGUUUAGAACAUUCAACCUCUGACAUUCACUUCAAGUUACUGUUUAUGAAGUCACUUGCAUUAUAAAAGGCUCCUGCUGAAACCAGUCUGAGUGAUCAGCAGCAGCUGCUUUUUGUUUGCUUUGCCACCUCGAAGCUGAUUUUAAUUAGUCACACAUCCAAUGUAUUUUUUUUUUAUUGCUGGUUAAAUGUUUUUAAAAAAGCAUAAAUCAUUUUCUGGUUCCAAUAUCCUUCUGGUCAUGUAUGCAUGAAAGUGUUUUCAAGUUUCCAGUGGUUGUCGAGCUUUUUGCCGUGUGUUUGAAAUACACAUAAUGACAAACGUU